AAUUUGGCAACCGAUUAUGCCGCACGCAACAUCAGUGCACGCAAAUUAUUCUUACACCAUGUUAUAAGAAAAAAAUAUUAUAGAUAAAAAAAUAUUAAAAGAAAACAAAUUAUAAUAUAUUUUUAAGUGAAAAAAAAAUAUUGAUUAAUUUCUAAAGUGAUUUUUUAAUUAUAAGUGAAGUUAAAGAAAAAUAAAUCAAAAAGAUAUCCAAAAUGGCGAUAAUAGGACCAAAAGAGAAAGAAGUCAACGGCACGAUGAAGAGUGAUAAGAUGAUGUCGUUAGAUGACGCCAUGAUGCUUACAGGGUUUGGUGUGUACAACAUCUUCCACAUGCUGUUAGGAGGCAUCAUCCUAAUGGGCGUGAUCACGCAGAGCCUGGCGCUGGGCUACGUGCUGCCCGCGGCGCAGUGCGACCUCGGCCUGACUGCCUCGCUGCAGGGACUCCUGGCGGCCACGCCCUUCAUGGCUAUAAUCCUGACGUCGUACGUGUGGGGCUGGCUGGGUGACACGCGCGGCCGCCGACCUGUCAUGCUGUACACCAUGCUGGUGUCUGUCGUCUUCUCAGUCUUCACCAGCUUCGCGCCCGACACCGCUUCAUUCGCCGUGCUGCAAUUCCUUUCCGCUGUCUUUACCUCUGGCUCCACGGCAGUAGUGUACACUUACAUUGGAGAGUUCAACAACCUCCGACACAGAGACAAGAUGGUCACAUUCGGAUCAUCCUUCGUUGGAAUAGGAACCGUUGUUUUGCCAGGCAUAUCCUGGUUGAUCCUUCCUCUCGACUUCGCAACCUACAUCGGCUUCCUGGACAUCUACUAUCGACCCUGGCGUUUGUUAGUCGUCGCCUGCGCAUUGCCGUUCUUCUUCUCCUUCAUCUGCCUGUGCUUCAUGCCUGAAAGUCCAAAGUUCCUCUACACAGCCGGCAGAGUUGAUGAAGCUCUUGACGUCGUCAAGAAAAUCUAUUCUGUAAAUAAGCGGAUGCCUGCUGACAGUUUCCCGGUGACAGCUCUGACGUACGAGGGUCCAAUAAAGACAACGGAGGUCCAGAAGAGCUCAGCGUUCAUGACGGUUCUGAAGUCCAUGCGCGACCAGACCGUGCCUCUGUUCAGGAUGCCGCUGCUGCCAUGGACUAUACUGCUCUGCUUCGUGCAGUUUGGCUGCUUUGCUUCUACUAACGGAUUUUACGUUUGGUUCCCGACAAUAUUGAACUCUCUGUCGUCGCAUGAAGGAGGUGACACGAGGAUCUGUGAUGUCCUAGAAGCAGGCAGGGCUCCAGUUGAAAAUGGCACUGUGGUGGAAUGCAUAGACACGAUAAGCACAGAGACCUUCCUGCGGUCCAUCUACAUCGGCCUGGUCUUCUGCAGCAUGUACAUCAUUGUCGGCUUCCUGGUCGACUACAUUGGCAAGAAGACGAUCCUGGUCACCAUACUGACCGUCACCGGCGCCUGCGGUAUCGGCGCCCACCUGGUCACUAGUCAACAAAGCGGGGUCAUCCUGUUCGCGAUCUUCCAAAUGUGUGGAGCCUGUAUUGGACUUAUGAAUGCUGUUGCUGUGGAAUUGUUCCCGACUAAAUACAGGGCCAUGUCAGUAUGUCUGGGGAUGAUGAUGGGCCGCACCGGGUCCAUGGUGGGCUCCAACCUGAUCGGGUUCUUGCUGAACUCUAACUGCGGCGUCGCCUUCUAUCUCUUCGGAGGAAUUGUUACUGUGAACGGUCUGGUCUGCCUAACUCUACCGUCUAGGAAGAAAAUGAACAAGGAACCGACAACAGAGGAACCCACCCAAUGCCAAACCCACGAACCAGCAUGAACCAGUUUAAACCAGAUCGGUGGAACAAGCUUCGCUACAUUUCACCAGUCCUUCAACCAAAGAGGCUCUUAAGGGAAUUUCCCAUUACAAAAUACUCUGCAAUGAUUUGUCUAUGGCCAGAUGAUAAAAAUCAAUAUAGAAUUCCAAGAUAGAUGGCGCGGGUAUUGAAUAUUUCUCUCUCGCUUUAUUACUUAAAAAAAGAAUGAGAUAAUAAACUUAGAUGUCCAUUUGAAUAUUUAAAUUUAAUUAUCAUAAUACCAGUACAGAAAAGACCGGCCUAAUUUGAACUCUCGGUAUAGAGGGCGUGCCUUCGACACGGAUUCAAUUUACAGUGGACCAAAGCGUCCUACGGAAUGUCUAAGUCUACUUAAAUGUUGCCAAAUUAGUCAAAUUGCGGUUUUUGGUUCUUUUAUAUUUUUUUUUUAUUCUGCGUGAAUGUUUCUGGAUUCACAUUCGUACACAAAUACGAUCGAAUAUCGAAACGCGUUGGUAGAGUCAUAGAAGAUUGUUAAAAUCAUGGUAUACCUAAGAAGACCAGGUAUGCUCAAUCCUAUGACAAGCCGCCAUUGCUAGCCCUUUGAUGACGUAAGUGUUACCAUCCAAAUGAUAUCUCCAACAUUCCAAGGACGCGAAUUUUAUUAUUGAAAAUUAAGUUAAUUACUGACUAAUGUAUUUAAUCGCUAAUUUGUAACGUAUACACAAAAUAUUUAAACUGUACGUAAAUCUUUUACUAGGAGUACAAAAUUUCCUUGCAAAGUAAAUUAAAAACAUGAGGACGUGGGUAAUUUAUUUUUUACGAAAUGGCAACACAGGGUCGGAUGACGUCAGCUGGUUAACCUUGAAAAUGCUAGCUGUCAGUUUUGAGCAUACCUGCGGGCUUAGCACCGUAAGCGCGCGAGUUUUUCUCGCCUCGACAUACAUCACCCGUCACUCUCUCACAGUACUGCACAGAAAGAGACAGAUGAUCUCUGUCGCGGCGAGAAAGAGUCGCGUGCUUACGGUGCUAAGCUUGCUGCGGUCUUCUUAUACCAUGGUUAAAAUUAGUUUUUAUAUUGUUUUUCUUAGUAUAUAAGUAACUGUAAGUAGUAAAUAACUAUUAGAUCAAUUGUUAGGUAAUAAUAAUUACAUGGCAUCAUGCCUGUAUCCCAGAAGGGGUAGGCAGAGGUGUAUAGCGUAAUAUUAAAGGCCCAAUCCUCACCAGCUAUGUUUAGGUCCCACGAAAUAGGGGGUGACCCUAUUGCCAUCAACCGGGCACACAUCCUGGACACCACCUGAUAUCAUGAUCCAAAAAUCAAUUGAAACUCUUAGUUUAAUGCCCGAGUCGGUAGUCGAAUGGGGGUCCAUUCGUGAUUUUGUUAAGUAUGUUAAUGGACGAAUGAGUUGACAGCUAGGUAUUUUUUUUACAAUAAUAAAAAUGAUAUAUAAGAAA